UCCGGCACCACCGACCGCCCCCUCGGCAUCACCGACCGCCCCUCGGCAUCACCGACCGCCCCCUCGGCAUCACCGACCGCCCCUCGGCACCACCGACCGCCCCUCGGCAUCACCGACCGCCCCUCGGCAUCAUCGCUCCGCGCCGGCCGCGGGUCCGCCCGGGCGCUGCCGGGAAAGUCCAUCUGUCUGUCUAUGUGUGCCCACUCUUCCUUGAGCCAUGUCCAAUGUUUCCAGUUACGCCCUCCGAAUGGCCCGGCUGAGUGCUCAGAUAUUCGGAGAUGUUUUCAGGCCGACUGACUCCAAAUCUAUGAAGGUGGUGAAGUUGUUCAGUGAGCAGCCCUUGGCCAAGCGGAAGGAGGUGCACAGCUGGUACCCUCCUCACAACACCUACUACGCCCUCAUGAAGAAACUCCGCUACUUUGGUCUUUACAGGGAUGAGCAUCAAGACUUUAAGGAGGAGAUGAGGCGAUUGAAAAAGCUCCGUGGGAAGGAAAAACCAAAGAAGGGGGAAGGAAAGAGAGCUCUCAAGAAGAAAUAGUUCUAUUUGAACAGUAUCAUUAACUACUCUGGCAAUGCUGGAGAACAGCUGGAGAGGGUUUGGCAUGUGAGCUGUGUGUGGGGCACAAGAAACACACUGUGAAAUAGUGGACUCCACCCUGGAAAUGCAGUUGGGUCUUUGAAGUUUUAUUUGGUUUGAAUUUCUGUGCUUUAAAUACAGUGUAUAUUGUAGCACAUUAUUUUGUCAGAGCCUUCUCUUACCCAAGUAAUAAAAACAGGAAUAAAAAAAA